AUGGCGCCCAAACACGCGUCGCAGGGUGUAAACAAUGACCCUGCAAAGACAGCUGAUCUCAUCCACGAACUGGAGAAGAAGUACCUGGAAGCCUCGCACCAGUGCGAUCUCAUUGUUAAGGACGAGGAGAAGCGGCGAGAGGCCGUGCGUGCCAUAAUCCAGCGGCACGACGCCGAGUCGCUCAAGCAGCAGGUCUCCCAGAAGGACACUCGCAUCAACGAGCUCGUCGAGCAGGCGGAGAACCUGAUCUCGCAAUUGACGCUCGCCCAGGACAAGAGCCAGCGGCAGGACAAACUUAUCCAGGCGCAUGCGCGCGAGAUUCGGGAUCUGAGGGAGGAACUCUCCGCCUUCAAUUCCGUCGCCCAAGACCACAGCAAGCUCUUGUCAGAAAAGCUCGCCCUGCAGCGCGAGCUCGCCGCGCUCAAGCCCGAGGUUGAGCAUCUCCGGUCACAGCUGGCUCAGCAAAAGGACGUCCUUGCCGAGAAGCUGGCCCUCGAGCGCCAGCUCAGCGCUAUGGAGAUGGAACUCGCCAAGCAGAAGCGCGCGGCGGAGCGGAGCGCCAACAAGGGCAGCGAGACCGAGGAAGAACUACAAGCCCUGAGGCAACAGCUCGCUGCCGCGGAGCACAAGCUCAAGAAGCAUAAGGACGCCGCCGUCAAGGCGCACGAAGAGGCUGAGUCACUCCGCCAGGAACUGGAGGAGGCCAAGCGGGCGCUGAAGAGCGCACGCAAGAGCUCUGCCAGCUCCCCUAACACCGAAGCCUCGUCUGAGGAAAUCGCCCAGCUCCGCCAGGAGCUUGCCGAGACCCGCAAGGCUCUGGAAGAGGAGAGGAAAGAGCACGAAAAGCAACGCAAGCAGCACGAGCAGGCCCUGGUCGACGCCGAGGAGCGCCAACAAGCCAUGGGCGACCGCAUCGAGAAGCUGCGCGGUAAGCUGCGCGAGGCUCGCGACGAACUGAAGAAGGCGAGGGCCGAGCUCGAGCGGCAAGAGCAAGAGCGGACUAUCAGGGCGAGCAGCGUCGCCUCUUCUGUCGGCAGUACUGCCAUACCCGCCGUCAAGGGCAUCUCCGCCGUGGGCAAGACACCCCUCGUCAGCAGGAAGAAGGCCAUGUCUGAGGAGCCUUUGAUUACGGAAAAGGUUCUCCAGACGCCGUCCUGCCACGACGACAAAUUCAAGCGCCCGCUGAUUAAGAAGCGCGGGUUUGACCUGUCCAUGGUAGGCGGCAAGUCGGAGUUUUCUAUCACUCCCUUCCUGAACAAGACCGGCAACGUGGACGACCUGCCUGCUAUAACCCUCGAAACCCCUGCGCCAGCGGCUCAUGUCAAGACUGAGCACCACUCCUCCGAAGAAGACGAAAAGAAAAUCGACGUCUCCCUCCCCUCCAAGCUCACCCUCGACAAGAAAUCCCGCGGCCGUCCGGCCGGUAGCUCAUCACGCACCGCUAAGCCCCUGGCCGACGCCCCCCCCUCCGCAAGCAACCUCCCCGCCAUCCCCCGUCCACGCAUCCCCAAGUCUCUCGCCGGCGCCGGCACCGGUGGCAAGAAGGGUGCCUCCUCAUCAACAUCAUCCUCGCUGGAAAAGGUCUCCGAAGAACCGGAGGACCUCCUCGCUGAUGAAGACACCACCAAUGCCACCAACUCCACAGCUACAACCACGACAACAGACGAAGCCAAACACGACCAAGAGAACCGUGCUAAUACCACGGUAAUCACCACCAAAUCCGGCGCCACAAUAGUCAUCGAGAAGAAGAAAAAGAAGAGGCUCCUCGGUGCAGGCGGAAAAGGCAUGCAGGCUACGAGCGCGGCAGCCGUUUUUGGGGCCACAGACGGGGAGGUGGUGAUUGGGGGUGAUGCAGAGGAGAUUGUGAAGCCGGUUGUAAGGAAGGUUAGUGGGAAGGUGAACAGGGCUGGAGGAAAUGCAAAUGGCGGACAGCCGACCUCCCCGACCCGAAGCUUCGGUAAACCUUACUCAUUAGUACACUCCCUCCCCGCCGUCCAUCCUUCCUCACUUCUUCUCUCAUCCCAAUCAACACAACAACCCCACUCCCCCUUCACUCCUAUCCGCCCCUUCACCACCUCUCCCUCCCCUUCCUCCAAAUCCUCCUCCUCCACCCGCUGGCGUACCCGCCAACUCUCCGACCCCUACACCCGCGAAGCAAAAGUCCAAGGCCUUAAAUCCCGCGCUGCCUUCAAGCUCCUCGAACUGGACUCCAAAUACCGGCUUUUCCGACGUAACGCAGGCCAGGUAAUCGUCGACCUCGGGUUCGCGCCCGGUUCGUGGUCGCAAGUCGCCGUCGACCGCACGGCGCCGGAUGGGAGGGUCGUGGGGAUAGACAUCAUCCCUGCACAACCUCCUAAGGGGGUGAGUACGAUACAGGGGAAUUUCCUCAGUCCGGGGGUGCAGAGGAUGGUGAAGCAAUUAUUGGUGGAGGGGGAGAGGAGGAGGAGGAUAGAGAGGAAGGAGAGGAGGGGGAGGGAGAGGGAGAUGAGGGGGCAGGGAGAGGGGGAGGGAGAGGGGGAAGUGGUGGUGGAGCAAGAGAGUUAUCUGGAAAUGGAGCGCAAGGCGGCAAUGGAGAGCGAGAUGGUUGCUAGAGAAGAGGAGGAGGCGAAUCUGGAAGAUGGGAAGAACCUGCGGUUGGUAGACGUCGUCCUCAGUGACAUGUCCGACCCCUGGCCCCAGACCCACGGCUUCUCGGUCAACAGUUUGAGUAACCCGCACCAUAGGAUGAUGAACACGAGCGGCAUCGCGUUCAAGGACCACGCCGGAAGCAUGGACCUCUGCCGCGCCGCACUAUCCUUCGCCUCCGACACGCUCAAGCCCGGCGGCCACUUCGUCUGCAAGUUUUACCAAGGAGCCGAGGACAAGGCCUUUGAGCAGCUGCUCAAGAAAAUGUUCGCCAAGGUGCACAGAGAGAAGCCCUAUGCCUCGCGGCCUGAAUCGAAAGAAGCCUUCUUCGUCGCCCUGAGGAGAAAAGGAGACGUGACACUCCAGGACAUUGAGAAACAAUCCGGGUCGCAAUGA